AUGGUGUCUCGUAUCACGGGGUCAGUGGGUAAAGGACUGGCUGCCAUCACCAUGGAUAAAGAGUACCAGCAAAAAAGACGAGAGGAAAUGAACAGACCUCCCAAAGACUUUGGAGAGAGUCUGGCCAAGGGAGGCAUGGGAUUCUUCAAGGUACCACUGUAGUACUAUGAUCAUUUAAUAAAGAUACACUUUAUCCAGAGACACUUACAGUGAAACCAGGGUUGGGGGGGGAUUUCCAUUUCAAUUCACUCAAUUCAGGUAAAAGUAAUUCACAUUUUCCUCAUAGAAAGUAUAUGAGGAAAAUUGGAAUUGGGAUUUCAGUUGACUUCCUAAAUUGACUGAAUUGAAAAUGGACUUGACCACAACCCUGCAGUGAACACAUGUUGUGUGUAUGUAGCCCAUGUGGAAAUCACACCGUCAGCUGUGGGGUCGAAAGCACAUGUCCCAAUAUUGUCCUUCACGGACGAGUCAGAGGUCACGGACGAGUCAGAGGUCACGGACGUCUAAGCCCCGUGUUGAAUAUUAAAACUACACGAAAUGAUUCAACAACGAUACAUGACAUGGCCUGCAUCCCAAAAUGGCACCCUAUUCCCUAUGUAGUGCACUACUUUUGACACGUAGGGCUAUAUAGGAACUAGGGUGCGAUUUGUGACGCAGACAUGUGGUUGCCUACAAGCGCGACCUUGACAUUAUAGGACAAAAGGCAAUUGUACUGCAUGAUGUGCAUUUUACUGUAGAAUCAUGAGCAGGAGUGGACUUUCAAUCAGUAGAUUUACCAUUACAGACCAGAACAUUACAGGGGAACUGCUCAUGUAAUUCUACCAUUACAGACCAGAACAUUACAGGGGAACUACUCAUGUAAUUCUACCAUUACAGACCAGAACAUUACAGGGGAACUACUCAUGUAAUUCUACCAUUACAGACCAGAACAUUACAGGGGGAACUACUCAUGUAAUUCUACCAUUACAGACCAGAACAUUACAGGGGGAACUACUCAUGUAAUUCUACCAUUACAGACCAGAACAUUACAGGGGAACUGCUCAUGUAAUUCUACCAUUACAGACAGAACAUUACAGGGGAACUACUCAUGUAAUUCUACCAUUACAGACCAGAACAUUACAGGGGAACUACUCAUGUAAUUCUACCAUUACAGACCAGAACAUUACAGGGGAACUACUCAUGUAAUUCUACCAUUACAGACCAGAACAUUACAGGGGAACUACUCAUGUAAUUAUACCAUUACAGACCAGAACAUUACAGGGAACUGCUCAUGUAAUUCUACCAUUACAGACCAGAACAUUACAGGGGGAACUACUCAUGUAAUUCUGACCAUUACAGCCCAGAACAUUACAGGGGAACUGCUCAUGGAAUUCGACCAUUACAGACAAGAACAUUACAGGGGGAAAAAACUACUCAGUAAUUCUUACCAUUACAGACCAGAAUUACAGGGGAAACUGCUCAUGGAAAUUCUACCAUUACAGACCGAACAUUACAGGGGGAACUGCGUAUGUAAUUCUACCAUUACAGACAAGCACAUUACAGGGGGAAUCUACUCAGGUUAAUUCUACCAUUACAGACCGACAUUACAGGGGGAUACUAAUAAUGAAUCUACCAUUACCAGACCAGAAACAUUACAGGGGAACUGCUCAUGUAAUUUCUACCAUUACAGACCAGAACAUACAGGGGGGAACUACUCAUGUAAUCUACCAUUACAGACAAGAACUUACAGGGGAAAACUGCUCAUGUUAAUCUUACCAUUACAGACCAGAAACAUUACAGGGGGAAACUACUCAUGUAAUUCUACCAUUACAGACCAGAACAUUACAGGGGGAACUACUCAUGUAAUUCUACCAUUACAGACCAGAACAUUACAGGGGGAACUAUCAUGUAAUUCUACCAUUACAGACCAGAACAUUACAGGGGGAACUACUCAUGUAAUUCUACCAUUACAGACCAGAACAUUACAGGGGGAACUACUCAUGUAAUUCUACCAUUACAGACCAGAACAUUACAGGGGAAACUGACUCAUGUAAUUCUACCAUUACAGACCAGAACAUUACAGGGGGAAACUGUCAUGUAAUUCUACCAUUACAGACCAGAAACAUUACAGGGGGAACUACUCAUGUAAUUCUACCAUUACAGACCAGAACAUUACAGGGGAACUACUCAUGUAAUUCUACCAUUACAGACCAGAACAUUACAGGGGAACUGCUCAUGUAAUUCUACCAUUACAGACCAGAACAUUACAGGGGAACUACUCAUGUAAUUCUACCAUUACAGACCAGAACAUUACAGGGGGAAACUGCAUCAUGUAAUUCUACCAUUACAGACCAGAACAUUACAGGGGGAAACUACUCAUGUAAUUCUUACCAUUACAGACCAGAACAUUACAGGGGAACUACUCAUGUAAUUCUACCAUUACAGACAGAACAUUACAGGGGAAACUACUCAUGUAAUUCUACCAUUACAGACCAGAACAUUACAGGGGAAACUACUCAUGUAAUUCUACCAUUACAGACCAGAACAUUACAGGGGAACUACUCAUGUAAUUCUACCAUUACAGACCAGAACAUUACAGGGGAACUACUCAUGUAAUUCUACCAUUACAGACCAGAACAUUACAGGGGGAACUACUCAUGUAAUUCUACCAUUACAGACCAGAACAUUACAGGGAAACUACUCAUGUAAUUCUACCAUUACAGACCAGAACAUUACAGGGGAACUACUCAUGUAAUUUCACCAUUAACAGACCAAACCUUACAGGGGGAACUACUCAUGUAAAUUCUAACCAUUACAGACCGAACAUUACAUGGGAACUGCUCAUGUAAUUCUACCAUUCCGACCAGAACAUUAACAGGGGAACUACUCAUGUAAUUCUACCAUUACAGACCAGAACAUUACAGGGGGAACUCCUCAGGUAAAUCUACCAUUACAGACCAGAACAUUACAGGGUAACUACUCAUGUAAUUCUACCAUUACAACAAACAUUACAGUGGAACUGCUCAUGGUCUUCGCACCCUCGUUGAUUACAGGACCUAAAAGGAAUCAUCUUCAGUUGUCUAUUCUGUCCUGGUCUCCCCUUUAGAGUCGUGAUGAGGCUAAAACCAGGGUCUGUCCCAAAUGGCAACCUAAAGUAGUGGUCUCUAUGUAGGGAACAGUGUGUCAUUUGGGACGGAGUCAUGAUAAGCUUUUCAGGACAGAACACAACAUCAGAUGAAACCUCUUCAUUCAGGACAAUAAUGUGAAAUGUAAUUUUCCUCCCAAACGGGAUGGUUUUCUUUGGUUAAGAGGUUGUUCUGUCCUGUUAGUCUUGAAUUAGACCUUUGUGUUGGAUACCAUGGAGACCUGACGGUCCUUUCGCUUUUUUUUUUUUUUCUUAUCUCUCAUUCUUAUCGCUAUCUCUCUCUCUCUUCUGUAGGGGGUCGUUGGUGGGGUAACGGGCAUCGUGACCAAACCUGUAGAAGGUAUGUUUAUUCACAACGCUCUGACCUGUGGCUGAACUCUUCUUCCGUUCACUUUCACAAACAUGGGGGGGGGAAGAAAUCAUGAUUCUCAUCAAUGUUCAAUAGAUAUUUACAUUUACAUUCCAUAAAUGUAAUUCUAGAACAAUUUUAUAGCUAGAAUAAAAUCUGUAGUUUAUUGUCCACUUUGUGGGAAACAGAAGUUUGUCUCAACCCUUCAAAGAUGAUCUCCAUCAGAUCUCACAUCCCUUCAUGGAUUUGGUAGAAUAUAUAGGAUGUACACUGAGUGUACAAAACAUUAGGAACACCUGCUCUUUCCAUGACAUAGACUGACCAGGUGAAUCCAUGUGAAAGCUAUGAUCCCUUAUUGAUGUCACCUGUUAAAUCCACUUCAAAUCAGUGUAGAUGAAGGGGAGGAGACAGGUUAAAGAAUAUUUUUUAAGCCUUGAGACAUGGAUUGUGUACGUGUGCCAUUCAGAGGGUGAACGGGCAAGACAAAAUAUUUAAGCGCCUUUAAAACGGGGUAUGGUAGUAGGUCAAGAACUCCAACGCUGCUGGGUUUUUGACGCUCAACAGUUUCCUGUGUGUAUCAAGAAUGGUCCACCACCCAAAGGACAUCCAGCCAACUUGACAUAACUGUGGGAAGCAUUGGAGUCAACAUGGGCCAAGCAUCCCUGUGGAACGCUUUCCACACCUUGUAGAUGUGAUUUGAUUCAUUAGGAACCCCAUUAGCCAACGCCAAUGGCAACAGCUAGUCUUACUGGGGUCCGACACAUAACCAAAAAUAAAUCACAGACAAAAGACUUACAAUUUACAUACAUCUAAAAACAUUAACAUGUAGUGUGUGUGUGCAUCUAUCAGUGAGGGAAAAAAGUAUUUGAUCCCCUGCUGAUUUUGUACGUUUGCCCACUGACAAAGACAUGAUCAGUCUAUAAUUUUAAUGGUAGGUUUAUUUGAACAGUGAGAGACAGACUAACAACAACAAAAAUCCAGAAAAAUGCAUGUCAAAAAAUGUAUAAAUUGAUUUGCAUUUUAAUGAGGGAAAUAAGUAUUUGACCCCUCUGCAAAACAUGACUUAGUACUUGGUGGCAAAACCCUUGUUGGCAAUCACAGAGGUCAGACGUUUCUUGUAGUUGGCCACCAGGUUUGCACACAUCUCAGGAGGGAUUUUGUCCCACUCCUCUUUGCAGAUCUUCUCCAAGUCAUUAAGGUUUCGAGCCUGACGUUUGGCAACUCGAACCUUCAGCUCCCUCCACAGAUUUUCUAUGGGAUUAAGGUCUGGAGACUGGCUAGGCCACUCCAGGACCUUAAUGUGCUUCUUCUUGAGCCACUCCUUUGUUGCCUUGGCCGUGUGUUAUGGGUCAUUGUCAUGCUGGAAUACCCAUCCACGACCCAUUUUCAAUACCCUGGCUGAGGGAAGGAGGUUCUCACCCAAGAUUUGACGGUACAUGGCUCCGUCCAUCGUCCCUUUGAUGCGGUGAAGUUGUCCUGUCCCCUUAGCAGAAACCCCCCCCCCCCCCCCCCCCCCCCCCCCCCCCCAAAGCAUAAUGUUUCCACCUCCAUGUUUGACGGUGGGGAUGGUGUUCUUGGGGUCAUAGGCAGCAUUCCUCCUCCUCCAAACACGGCGAGUUGAGUUGAUGCCAAAGAGCUCGAUUUUGGUCUCAUCUGACCACAACACUUUCACCCAGUUCUCCUCUGAAUCAUUCAGAUGUUCAUUGGCAAACUUCAGACGGCCCUGUAUAUGUGCUUUCUUGAGCAGGGGGACCUUGCGGGCGCUGCAGGAUUUCAGUCCUUCACGGCGUAGUGUGUUACCAAUUGUUUUCUUGGUGACUAUGGUCCCAGCUGCCUUGAGAUCAUUGACAAGAUCCUCCCGUGUAGUUCUGGGCUGAUUCCUCACCGUUCUCAUGAUCAUUGCAACUCCACGAAGUGAGAUCUUGCAUGGAGCCCCAGGCCGAGGGAGAUUGACAGUUCUUUGUGUUUCUUCCAUUUGCGAAUAAUCACACCAACUGUUGUCACCUUCUCACCAAGCUGCUUGGCGAUGGUCUUGUAGCCCAUUCCAGCCUUGUGUAGGUCUACAAUCUUGUCCCUGACAUCCUUGGAGAGCUCUUUGGUCUUGGCCAUGGUGGAGAGUUUGGAAUCUGAUUGAUUGAUUGCUUCUCUGGACAGGUGUCUUUUAUACAGGUAACAAACUGAGAUUAGGAGCACUCCCUUUAAGAGUGUGCCCCUAAUCUCAGCUCGUUACCUGUAUAAAAGACACCUGGGAGCCAGAAAUCUUUCUGAUUGAGAGGGGGUCAAAUACUUAUUUCCCUCAUUAAAAUGCAAAUCAAUUUAUAACAUUUUUGACAUGCGUUUUUCUGGAUUUUGUUGUUAUUCUGUCUCUCACUGUUCAAAUAAGCCUACCAUUAAAAUUAUAGACUGAUCAUUUCUUUGUCAGUGGGCAAACGUACAAAAUCAGCAGGGGAUCAAAUACUUUUUUCCCUCACUGUACAUGUCAGUACAUACACACAACAAGUAGGUCACAUGGGGGAGACGCGUUGUGGCCUAAGGUCUUGCUUUAUUUGUUUUCUGAAACCAGGUUUGCAGUUCACUUACGCUAUAUAAGAUGGAAGGGAGUUCCAUGCACUCAUGGCUCUGUGUAAUACUGUACGUUUCCUUGAAUUUGUUCUGGACCUGGGGACUGUGAAAAUACCCCUGGUGACAUGUCAGGUGGGGUAAGUGUGUGUGUCAGUGCUGUGUGGAAGUUGACUAUCCAAACAAUUAGGAAUUUCCAACACAUUAAUGUUUCUUAUAAAAACAAGAGGUGACACGGUCAGUCUUUCCUCAACUCUCAGCCAAGAGAGACCGGCAUGCAUAGUAUUAAUAUUAGCCGUCUGAUUACAAUGAAGAGCAAGACGUGCCGCUCUGUUCUGGGCCAGCUGCAGCUUAACUAGGUCUUUCUUUGCAGCACUGGAUCACACGAUUGGACAAUAAUCAAGAUUAGACAAAACUAGAGCCUGCAGGACUUGCUUUUUGGAGUGGGGUGUCAAAAAAGCAGAGCAUCAUUUAUUAUGGACAUACCUCUUCCCAUCUUUACAACCAUAGAAUCUAUAUGUUUUGACCAUGACAGUUUACAAUCUAAGGUAACGCCAAGUAAUUUACUCUCUUCAACUUGUUCAACAGCCACACCAUUCAUCACCAGAUAUAAUAAAUAAUAAUAAAUAAUAUGCCAUUUAGCAGACGCUUUUAUCCAAAGCGACUUACAGUCAUGCGUGCAUACAUUUUUGUGUAUGGGUGGUCCCGGGGAUCGAACCCACAACCUUGGCGUUACAAGCGCCGUGCUCUACCAGCUGAGCUACAGAGGACCACAGGCACCAGAUUCAGCUGAGGUCUAGAAUUCAGGGAAUGAUUUGUACCAAAUACAAUGCUCUUAGUUUUAGAGAUGUUCAGGACCAGUUUAUUAGUGGCCACCCAUUCCAAAACAGACUCCAACUCUUUGUUAAGGAUUUCAGUGACUUCACUAGCUGUGGUUGCUGAUGCGUAUAUGGUUGAGUCAUCAGCAUACAUGGACACACAUGCUUUGUUUAAUGCCAGUGGCAGGUCAUUGGUAAACAUAGAAACGAGUAGAGGGCCUAGAGAGCUGCGCUUUACAUGUUUGAGAUUAGAGAAGCUUCCAUAAAAAAAAAAACUCUGAGUUGUAUUAGAUAGAUAGCUCUGAAUCCACGAUAUGACAGAGGUUGAAAAGCCAUAACACAUACGUUUUCUCAACAACAGGUUAUGGUCAAUAAUAUCAAAGGCUGCACUGAAAUCUAACAGUACAGCUCCCACAAUCUUCUUAUUAUCAAUUUCUUUCAACCAAUCAUCAGUCGUUUGUGUUAGUGCAGUACAUGUUGAGUGGCCUUCUCUAUAAGCAUGCUGAAAGUCUGUUGUUAAUUUGUUUAUAGAGAAGUAGCAUUUGGUCAAACACAAUUUUUUCCAACAGUUUGCUAAGAGCUGGCAGCAAGCUGAUAGGUCUGCUGUUAGAACCAAUAAAAAGGCUGCUUUACCACGCUUGGGUAGCGGAAUGACUUUGGCUUCCCUCCAGGCCUGAGGACAAAGACUUUCCUCUAGGCUCAGAUUAAAGAUAUGACCGAUAGGAGUGGCUAUAGAGUCAGCUACCAUCCUCAGUAGCUUUCCAUCUAAGUUGUCAAUGCCAGGAGGUUUUGUCAUUAUUGAUCAAUAACAAUAAUGUUCCACCUCUCCCACACAAACUUUACAAAGAUUUGUCAUAAUUUUUUUAUGCAUGAUUACGGUGGCUCACUGUUCGUUGUUGGCAUUUCCUGCCUAAGUUUGCCCACUUUGCCAAUUAAGUAAUCAUUCAAAUAAUUGGCAACAUCAAAUGGUUUUGUGAUGAAUAAGCCUUCUGAUUCGGUGAAAGAUGGAGUCUUUCUGCCCAUCAUUUCAUUUAAAGUACUCCAACGUUUUUUUUCCAUCAUUCUUUAUAUCAUUGAUCUUGGCUUCAUAAUACAGUUUCUUCUUCUUUUUGUUGAGUUUAGUCACAUCAUUUCUCACUUUGCAGUAAGUCAACCAGUCAGAUGUGCAGCCAGACAUAUUAGCCACUCCUUUUGCCCCGUCUCUUUCAACCAGACAGUUUUUCAAUUCCUCAUCAAUCCACGGAGCCUUAACAGUUCUAACAGUCAGUUUCAGAACAGGGGCAUGUUUAUCAAUAAUUGGAAGAAGCAAUUUCAUAAUUUCAUAAAGUGCAGCGUCUGGAUGCUCCUUAUUAAUCACAUCAGACCAACAAAUAAAGUUUUACAUCCACAUAAGAGUCACAGCAAAAUACUUUGUAUGAUCUCUUAUACACUAUUUUAGGCCCAGCAUUUGGAACUUUGGCUUUCCUGGAUAUAGUCACUAUAUUGUGAUCACUGCAUCCAAUGGGUACGGAUACAGCUUCAGAACAAAGUUCUACAGUAUUAGUAAAAAUGUGAUCAAUACAUGUGGAUGAUCUUGUUCCUGUAGUGUUUGUAAACACCCUGGUAGGUUGAUUAAUAACCUGAACCAGAUUACAGGCACUGGUUACAGUGAGAAGCUUCCUCUUGAGCCGGACAGCUAGAUGAAAACCAGUCAAUAUUCAGGUCUCCAAGAAAGUAGACCUCUCUGUUUACAUCACAUAAACUAUCAAGCAUUUCACACAUAUUAUUUAGAUACUGACUGUUAGCACUUGGUGGCCUAUAGCAACACCCCAGAAGAAAAGGCUUUAGAUGUGCCAAGUGAACCUGUAACCACAACACACUGUGUAAGUCAAUAUUAGCAAAGUGUUCUUAAUGUUUUGUACACUCAGUGUAUGUUGAAUAUGACAUUACUGUAUUCCAGGAUUUGGUUUUGAGGUUAACCUUUUUAAAAACCAAACCCCCCUGGGGGGGGGGAAAAGGAGGGGAAGGAGAGAAAAAAAAGGGGGGGGAAAAAAUAGGACGAAGAGAAAGGGGGGAGAAAAGAAGGGGGAAAAAACCCUUUGAAGAGAGGGGGAGGGGGGGGGGGGGGGGGGGGGGGGCCCCCUUUUUUUUUUGGGGGGGGGGGGGGGGCCCCCCCCCCCGCCCCCCCAAGGGGUUUUUUUUUUUGGGGGAUUCCCCCCCCCCCCCCCCCCCCCCCCCCCCCGGGGGGCCCAAAAGAAGGAGGAGCGGCUUUUUCUUAAAGGGCAUGGGAAGGGUUAGGGGGGUGGUGGCCGGCCACGGGGGGGCAUCGUAGACAUGGCCUCCAGCACCUUCCAUGGAAUACAAAGGUUGGUAGAAAAGGGCAAAAAAGGGGCAACAAGUAUGGAGACAGGGCAUAAGAGGUUAGUGGAGACAGGACACUACAGAGGUUAGUGGAGACAGGACACUACAGAGGUUAGUGGAGACAGGAAGGCCACUACAGAGGUUAGUGGAGACAGGACACUACAGAGGUUAGUGGAGACAGGAAGGACACUACAGAGGUUAGUGGAGACAGGACACUACAGAGGUUAUUGUGAUUUUAUUUGGAAUGUUUUGUUUAAUGUGGUAUUGCGUAACAUUAUUUGUCUGUCACUCAUAACCAUGUUUGGUGCUUUAUGUUCUGUUCAUUAUAAUUAUUGUGAUCUGACUAAUUUUGUUAACUGUUCUGUUUUCAAUUUGUUUUCUCAUAAGUUAAUGCCUUGGAGAAGUUGUUUUUGUCUUUGUGUUGAGUGAGUAUUUGGUGAGAUGUGGGAAAGCUUUGGUAAUGACUGGGCGGCCACAGUGAACACUUCCUGUUCACGUGACCUACGCAAUAGGGGUCAUAGGGGAGGGGUUUGGGACUGGGGAGGGGUUCGGCUGGCAUGGAGGGUUAGUUGUCUUUCUCAUAAAUCAGAUUGUCUGUCAGAGAGGUAAGUGACUGCAUGGCGUUGAAGUAGGUAUCAUGCUGUUACAGAUCAAACCAAAGGAAAUGAUUGGUUAACAGCUCAACAUUUAACCCCCCCCCCCCCAUCAUCGUUAACGCUGCUACUGACCUGAGUCCUCCUCCUGCUCCAUACUGCAGCAUCGUGGGGUCCAACAGACUAAACCCUGAGGACAGAACAGACCGGGACAGAGGAGACUAUUGGUACUGUAAAGCUAAAGAUUAGAGCAGCUCUUCUCAGCAGGUCAUUCUGUAUCUCAGUAACUUUGACGUCACAUUGGAUUCUAACUGCAGUUAGACAAACACACACACACACACACACAGACUCUUCCUUGUCAGAUAGCUAAUAGAAGUCACACUCAAGCCCCUCCUCCACCUGUUCUCUCCUCCGGGAUUGGCCGACUGCACGAGCGCACGACACCGCCAUGCAGAGAUUGGCAGUUUGGCAAAGUUUUUUUGCUGCAAAAAAAACCAAAACAUAUUGACGAUAUAAAAUCCACCACUGUCAGGAUCCCUGCUGUGUUGACCUGGGGGCUUCAUGUUGGUAAUAGACUGAUGUAAUGCAUUGUGGACUGGAAUUGCGUUUGGGGAAAUGUGCUGGCAUGUGGCUGGUUAGCUUACAUGUUCAUAUGGGGCUGAAAUAGCUCCGCCAACAGCUCUCGGAGUGGAGGACCUCCACGAUUGGUCUAACGCAGCCAAGUAAACCGUCCAGUCUCUACUGUGACUUUGACCCCCCCCCCCCCUCCCCCUCUGGCUUUCUCAUUAACCCCUUCCUCCCCCUCACCUCAGUUACCUAAUGUUGGGCCAAAACAGUCCUAAUUCCCCAGUGGUUCUGAAAUGCAAAAACACACCCCCGUCACAUAGUAUUUUCGUCCAUUCAACAUGUCAUUCAUUAUCCUUCACAAAGCAUAUUAUUGAUCACUCAUAAAAUUCCUGAUAACCUGAUGAAAUUGUUGUUCCAUGCUUUCACACUAGAGGUAACGAAAGGUGAGAUACUGAAACGUACGUGCGUACGUACGUGCACGCAUACACACUCAUGCACAGUUCGCCUCCCCUUUGGGCUGAACUUUUUUUUUUUUUAAGUUUGCGAUUUCUUUCAGAAGCAGGAUUCUGCUAGUUCUGAUAAUUGAUCAUGUUAACCCACUGCUGCUGUGUCUGGUGGCUCAUUGGGAAGACAUUACGUUGCAGUUUUAUUAUGAGUUUGGGUCCGAAAGCAAACUAGGUCUUGUUCUUGCUUGAUUAAUGAAACCCUUCUGACGGUGCGUUGUGAUUGGCUUUGAGAUACGACGGUGCGUUCUGAUUUGGCUGUGAGAUCUGACGGUGCGUUCUGAUUUGGCUGUGCGAUCUUUACGGGACGUUGUGAUUGGCAGGGUGGCAGAGUCGACAGAGGAAGUGACCAAGCUGAGGCCGGUCAGACUGAUCCGAGAGGACGGAAUCAUCAGACCUUACGACCAGGAGGACGCCAAGGGUUAUGACCUAUUCCAGGUUAGCAACCCGCCUUAGAUGAACACACAGACACCCGUGGCUGGAGGUAGAAUUGUCCAGGUUUGAGAAAAGGGGCUAUAUAACAACUAGUGCUAUCCUAUUUCAAUUUCUGAACUUUCUAUUCCAAAUUUUAUAUAUAUAUAUAUAUAUAUAUAUAUAUACAGUGGGGGAAAAAAGUAUUUAGUCAGCCACCAAUUGUGCAAGUUCUCCCACUUAAAAAGAUGAGAGAGGCUUGUAAUUUUCAUCAUAGGUACACGUCAACUAUGAUAGACAAAAUGAGAAAGAAAAAUCCAGAAAAUCACAUUGUAGGAUUUUUAAUGAAUUUAUUUGCAAAUUAUGGUGGGAAAAUAAGUAUUUGGUCAAUAACAAAAGUUUCUCAAUACUUUGUUAUAUACCCUUUGUUGGCAAUGACACAGGUCAAACGUUUUCUGUAAGUCUUCACAAGGUUUUCACACACUGUUUGCUGGUAUUUUGGCCCAUUCCUCCCAUGCAGAUCUCCUCUAGAGCAGUGAUGUUUUGGGGCUGUCGCUGGGCAACACGGACUUUCAACUCCCUCCAAAGAUUUUCUAUGGGGUUGAGAUCUGGAGACUGGCUAGGCCACUCCAGGACCUUGAAAUGCUUCUUACGAAGCCACUCCUUCGUUGCCCGGGCGGUUGUGUUUGGGAUCAUUGUCAUGCUGAAAGACCCCAGCCAGGUUUCAUCUUCAAUGCCCUUGCUGAUGGAAGGAGGUUUUCACUCAAAAUCUCACGAUGCAUGGCCCCAUUCAUUCUUUCCUUUACACGGAUCAGUCGUCCUGGUCCCUUUGCAGAAAAACAGCCCCAAAGCAUGAUGUUUCCACCCCCAUGCUUCACAGUAGGUAUGGUGUUCUUUGGAUGCAACUCAGUAUUCUUUGUCCUCCAAACACGACGAGUUGAGUUUUUACCAAAAAGUUCUAUUUUGGUUUCAUCUGACCAUAUGACAUUCUCCCAAUCCUCUUCUGGAUCAUCCAACUGCACUCUAGCAAACUUCAGACGGGCCUGGACAUGUACUGGCUUAAGCAGGGGGACACGUCUGGCACUGCAGGAUUUGAGUCCCUGGCGGCGUAGUGUGUUACUGAUGGUAGGCUUUGUUACUUUGGUCCCAGCUCUCUGCAGGUCAUUCACUAGGUCCCCCCGUGUGGUUCUGGGAUUUUUGCUCACCGUUCUUGUGAUCAUUUUGACCCCACGGGGUGAGAUCUUGCGUGGAGCCCCCAGAUCGAGGGAGAUUAUCAGUGGUCUUGUAUGUCUUCCAUUUCCUAAUAAUUGCUCCCACAGUUGAUUUCUUCAAACCAAGCUGCUUACCUAUUGCAGAUUCAGUCUUCCCAGCCUGGUGCAGGUCUACAAUUUUGUUUCUGGUGUCCUUUGACAGCUCUUUGGUCUUGGCCAUAGUGGAGUUUGGAGUGUGACUGUUUGAGGUUGUGGACAGGUGUCUUUUAUACUGAUAACAAGUUCAAACAGGUGCCAUUAAUACAGGUAACGAGUGGAGGACAGAGGAGCCUCUUAAAGAAGAAGUUACAGGUCUGUGAGAGCCAGAAAUCUUGCUUGUUUGUAGGUGACCAAAUACUUAUUUUCCACCAUAAUUUGCAAAUAAAUUCAUUAACAAUCCUACAAUGUGAUUUUCUGGAUUUUUUUUCCUCAAUUUGUCUGUCAUAGUUGACGUAUACCUAUGAUGAAAAUGACAGGCCUCUCUCAUCUUUUUAAGUGGGAGAACUUGCACAAUUGGUGGCUGACUAAAUACUUUUUUUCCCCACUGUAUAUAUAUAUAUAUACGACUCAGUCAAUCUGAACGUGGAAUCUUUUGUCUUUCAGAAAUGAAAACAUGCCUUUCUCUCUUUCACACUGAAGCGUCAGUCUUUCUUCCACUUCUAACGUCCUUCUGUCUUUUUCACUCUCUCUCUCUCUCUCUGUCCUUCAUGCAGCAUGAUGAGGAAUAGAAGGGGUUGAGGUUGAUUACGGGCUUGUGUUUUCUCUAACUGAUGUCGUUCAAGUGCUAGUAACUAAUGGACAAUUUAUCUUAGUUCUAUCAAAGGCCGGUGAUGAUGAGUUGUAAUGUCUGAUAGUUGAAACAAGUUAUAUAUCCGUGUCAAGGUUCAAACUCCUUGCCUGGUUUGUAAAUGUGUAUACUAUGCUGAUGUAAUGAUUUCUAAUUCGGUUUUCUUUUUGCUGAAGACUUGAAUUGUUAUGCAUGCCAAAGGAAAUCUGUGUCCAUAUAAUACCCGAGUCUUGUUUUCAAGCCAGGUUUUGUAUGACUUUUGCCGAAUGAAAUAUUUUGCAUUUUAUUUCAUAUUUUCAGAAAUAGGAAAUGAAACGAUAUAGCCUGCUAUAAUGUAUGCAGAUGAUUUAUCUAGCCCUUAUAAACUACCCUAUAAAAAAAAAUAUAUAUUAAAAAAAGAUAUUUUACUAAAGAAAUGUAGUCAUUUGUUUUAUGACUAGUAACGGUACUCCAGCAAUAUUUUUUUAAUAAAAGGUUCAUAGCAUCACAUUGGAAAUCACUGCUUUUGUAUCUGUGUAUAGGCACUCAUAAUACUUAUCCAAUGUUUAUAUAUUGAUGCUAUACUCUUACAUUAGUUUGUAUAUGAGUUACUGUAACCUAAAUGAUUUAGAAACCAUGUUAUUGUUAAAAGAAGCAUGACCAAAUUAUAUGUAUUUGAUAUAUCCUCUGUAAUUAUGUUCCAACAUUAUAUACACCACAGCCACCAUCAAUAACUCCCUAGUUAGUCCGACUGCCUUAAACUAGAUGAAUGUAUGUUCAUGUUACAGGUAAUUCUAUAUUUCUGUUGGUCGAUGCAUUUCAGUAUGUUCUAUUUCGUGUGUUGCCACUUUCAACCAUGUAAUAAACAUAUAUACUCCCACUUGUUUACAGUCAAGUUUGCUUAAAAAAGUGAAGUUAGCUACAACAUAAUCAUGUUAUUAUUAAAUUAGAAAUAAAAAUGAAGACAUUGUAUUGUAUGUUUUCACACAUGGGAAAACUGCUCCAUCAGAGGUCAGAGAUCAAGCAGCUGGAAGGAGAGAUCUUCAGAGAACACUGUUUGUACCCUGGACACAAGAAGACCAACAUUAUUGUGACCAACAGGUACGGUAUGGAAGAUUUGAGUUCGACAUGACUACUGCCUCGGGGUAGACGUUUUUUAUAUUGGGAUAUUGGUUUGAGAAAAUACACUUUACCUGAAAAGGGCCGUAACAAAUUGUGCCUUCGGAAAGUAUUCAGACCCCUUGACUUUUUCCACAUUUUGUUACGUUACAGCCUUAUUCUAAAAUGGAUUAAUUUAAAUAAAAAUGCUUAUGAAAACUUAUGUAAAUAUGGUAUCUGCUUUUUAUUUGUAAUACAUUUGCUAAAAUUUCUAAAAACCUGUUUUCCGCUUUGUAUUGUGUGUAGAUUGAUGAGGGGAAAAAAUGAAUUCAAUCAAUUUUGGAAUAAGGCUGUAACAUUAAAAAAAUGUGGAAAAAGGGAAGGGGUCUGAAUACUUUCCGAAUGCACUGUGUAUAUACAGUACCAGUCAAAAGUUUGGACACCUACUCAUUCCAGGGUUUUUCUUUAUUUUUACUAUUUUCUAUAUUGUAGAAUAAUAGUGAAGACAUCAAAACUAUGAAAUAACACAUAUGGAAUCAUGUAGUAACCAAAAAAGUGUAAAACAAAUCAAAAUAUAUUUUAUAUUUGAGAAUCUUCGAAGUAGCCACCGUUUGCCUUGAUGACAUCUUUGCACACUCUUGGCAUUCUCUCAACCAGCUUCAUGAGGUAGUCACCUGGAAUGCAUUUCAAUUAACAUGUGUGCCUUGUUAAAAGUUAAUUUGUGGAAUUUCUUUCCUUCUUAAUGCAUUUGAGCCAAUCAGGUAUAAAGAAGAUAGCCCUAUUUGGUAAAAGACCAAGUCCAUAUUAUGGCAAGAACAGCUCAAAUAAGCAAAGAGAAACGACAGUCCAUCAUUACUUUAAGACAUGAAGGUCAGUCAAUCCGGAAACUUUCAAGAACUUUGAAAGUUUCUUCAAGUGCAGUCGCAAAAACCAUCAAGCUCUAUGAUGAAACUGGCUCUCAUGUGGACCGCCACAGGAAUGGAAGACCCAGAGUUACCUCUGCUGUAGAGGAUAAGUUCAUUAGAGUUACCAGCCUCAGAAAUUGCAGGCCAAAUAAAUGCUUCACAGAGUUCAAGUAACAGACACAUCUCAACAUCAACUGUUCAGAGGAGACUUUGUGAAUCAGGCCUUGAUGGUCGAAUUGCUGCAAAGAAACCACUACUAAAGGACACCAAUAAGAAGAAGAGACUUGCUUGGGCCAAGAAAAACAAUGGACAUUAGACCGGUGGAAAUCUGACUUUUGGUCUGAUGAGUCCAAAUUAGAGAUUUUUGUUUCCAACCGCCGUGUCUUUGUGAGACGCAGAGUAGGUGAACGGAUGAUCUCUGCAUGUGUGGUUCCCACUGUGAAGCAUGGAGGAGGAGGUGUUAUGGUGUGGGGGUGCUUUGCUGGUGACACUGUCAGUGAUUUAUUUUGAAUUCAAGGCACACUUAACCAGCAUGGCUACCAUGUGAUACGCCAUCCCAUCUGGUUUGCGCUUAGUGGGACUAUCAUUUGUUUUUCAACAGGACAAUGGCCCAACACGGGGCGGCAGGUAGCUUAGUGGUUAAGAGCGUUGUGCAGUAACCGAAAGGUCGCUGGUUCUAAUCCCUGAGCCGACUAGGUGAAAAAUCUGUCGCUUGUUGCCCUUGAGCAGGCACUUAACCCUAACUCCAGCUGUUAAGGCUAUUUGACCAGAAGGAGAGUGAGGAGUGCUGCUCGAUGACCUGGCCUCCAAAUCCCCAACUCAACCAUUGGGAUGAGUUGGACCGUAGAGUGAAAAAGCAGCUACAAGGGGCUCAGCAUAUGUGGGAACUCCUUCAAAGACUGUGGAAAAGCAUUCCAGGUGAAGCUGUUGAGAGAAGCCGAGAGUGGGGCAAAGCUGUCAUAAAGGGCCCAAAGGGGCUACUUUGAAGAAUCUCAAAUAUAAAAUAUUUGAUUUGUUAACAUUUUUCUGGUUACACUGAUCCAUAUGUGUUAUUUCAAGUUUGAUUCUUCUAUUUUUCGACAAUGUGAAAAUAGACAAAUAAGAAAACCCUUGAAGAUAGGUGUGUCCAACUUUAAACUGGUACUGAAUAGAGAGAAGAAAGAUAUACUGUAUAUAAUGUAUCUAUAUUUCAUUAAACACCCCUUUGCUUUAUUUUUUAAAAUUUAACGUUUCUGUCAAUUUAAUACAAUUAUUCUAAUAUGAGGGUUGUCAUGUAUUUUGCCCUUAUCACGUUCUAACUCGUAGGCCCCAUGGUAUCUUUUCUUCUCCUACAGGAGAGUGAUGUGUGUGAAGGAGAUAGAGUUUGUGGGACACUUCAACAAAGAGUGGGAGUGUCUGUUUGAGCAUUUCUCAAGGCCUCCACACGUGGAGGGAGGGGACCUGAACAUCUACUGCAAGGUAUGACUGAGACAUUUUUACCUGAGAAAAUAAAAUGGCAUCCUUCGGUCCUGUCAGAACUAUUUAAAUGUUUAAACUCACUUACCUAUUUAGUUACUUACUUCCUUAUUUCCUUAAGUUCCUUCCUGAAUCUCUUUGUGUGACUGCAGGAACUGAACAAGCUGAAGAUCCAAAAGAGAGAUGGACAGGAACCAAUGAGAGUGCUGCACCUCAAGUACCCUGCCACUGCCCAGGUCCCAAUCAUACACCUUUGUGUGUGUGUGUGUGUGUGUGUGUGUGUGUGUGUGUGUGUGUACUGUGUGUGUGUGUACUGUGUGUGUGUACUGUGUGUGUACUGUGGUGGUGUGUGUGUGUGUGUGUCGCGUGUGCGCUUGUGUGUGUGUGUGUGCACAUACGCGAGUGCGUGCGGUAUCCAUAGCAAGGUCCUCACAAGUAUAGAAAAACGUGUGUAUGUGCUUGUGUUCGACCCAAAGUAACUAACUGCCUCUCCUCCUCCUCCUCCUCCUCCUCUGUAGAAACUGUGGGGAAGCCAUAGAGCAGGCUCAGUCGGCCCAGAGGCAGCAUCGAAUGGUGAAGCAAAAAUCACAGCGCUUUCUCCGACUGGGAGACAAGCGUUGA